AUGACCAUGACCAUGACCACCUCGCGGAUUCCCCACGGAUCCCAAGCAGAAGAUGGCCACGAAUACUUCGCAAAGAGAGAACUGAUGCCAGGAUUCCCAUAUCAAGAGUUCGAAGGUAUCACGAAUCCCACAAAAUUCUGUAUCGACUCUAUGAUGGUCAAAGACAAAUCGUAUCGCUGUGUGAGCCAGAAAACCUUAGCAUUACUCAAGAGCGUACCCCUUGAAAUCCGAGAAAAUAUAUUCUCAGAGAUUGUCGACCAGCAUGUCCCAGAACCCGAGACAGACUACCCUGGCAUGAGCCCAAAUUUGGCGUUGAACUGGGUACAGAACCCCCGAGGCAAAAAUGGCAUCAUGCGUUAUGGCACAGUUGAUGGUGUGUUUACACUGGCCAAAUUUUAUUACUGUCCGUUCCGCAAAACCCUGAUCGAGAAGUAUUGUGAAGAGCACCUUUGCACCAGGGGUACUGGUAUGAGUUUUGAGGGUUUGAAAUUCUCUGAUGUCCUAAAUCAUGCCACUGGCAGCAGGUCAGCACGACGAACUCGUUUUAUAUGGGAUGAUGAUAUCAGCAAGGAAGCCCUGGGCACGUCCAAGUCGGUGGAAAACGAUUAUAUCGUUGUUCGAUCGUACGAUGAGCUGUUGCAAUUUGCUAAAGCAAUUGCUCAUGCUGAGAAUUUCGUUCUGGAAUACAACAACAUUAACGGCUUACAACUACCAGUAUGGAAGAGUAGUGAAAGAAAUUCAAGUGUUUUGAAGGAUUUCUUGUCAUGGUUUUGGCGAGAAUUUGAGUUGGAUUUUACUUAUGAAUUCCAGACAUGCAAUGCAUGGCUACGGGCAAAUCUUCAGCAAUUCUCACUCAUACAGAACAUCAACAUAGAUAUUAAUUUUGUAUCAUUCGAAAUUAAUUCUUUUGAAGGAAGUGGUUAUAGAGCAAUUGAUACUCUCCAUCACUUCAACGAGUUCUGUCGAUAUUUGAACCAGCUCUCGAAUAUCAACAAACUGACUGUACGUUUGUCAAUUAAGAGACGUGAUGUCUUAAGCAUCCUUCAUAACCCAGGUGCUUACGCGUGGGUAUCCGCAAUAAAGAGUCUACCAGUCUCAGAGAAGUUCAUCCUAGUACUUGCAACAGUUUGGACGACAAAUGACGAUGAGUACGGUCACUGGGAAGGAGAGAAGGAAUAUGCGGAUUUCGAGGACCAUCAAGCUGAGAGUGAUUCUCUUGCUGAAGAAAUGUUGCGUGAGAGACUCAUGCCUGCGACUUUAAGUCAAGGAAAGACGUAUGACUUGCCAGAUGAUUUGGGACUUGCCAGAUUAUUCUGUGUGGGUGAGGAGUGA